ACCAUUGGACUUACAAGGAAGUGAGUAAACAUCGUGUUUUGUAUUAUGUCAAAUACUAGAAUCAUGGCACAAGUUUUAAUACGGAGGUGGCUUGCAUUUUGUGGCUGACAAUGCUCCUUGUCCACCGAGAAGGCCACUCGACCGACGGCUUGUUGCAUACCCCACUCGACCCUCUUUGCAUGCCUGCCGGGAGAGCGCUAUACUUGGCUUAUGCUCGUGCGGUUCUUCGUGUUUUUGGGAUCAAUAACUGGUACGUUGACCAGGGCCAGCGGUUUUGAUAAUGGGGCCAGAGAACUUCAAUUCCUUAAUUUCCCUUAUUGUCUACCCAUGUAACGUCUACUAGUGAUAAACCCUUUCCAAUUCACAGCAGAAGGAUGAAGAGCUUGUUUUUCAGUUUAUUAUUUGUUUUGUAAAAUUGAUAUACUUGUUGUAUAGCCAUAUCGUGAGCCUUGUAUGGCAAAUCGUAUUGUAUCGUGAGGUACCCAGAGGUUCCCACCCCUACAUUCCACUAUCCUAGUAAAUGAGUUAAACACAUCUUUUCUCAAGUUUUUUCUGUCACGGCGAGAGAAAAGCAAUAGUAAGGGUCAGGGUUCUAUUUGUGUUUGAGUGAUACACUUUAGAGCUAUUGGUCAGACUGGAUACAGGGAAUUUCAGGAAGCAACUGUAAGUGACGUGUUGGAUUUCACUCCCCUCCCACAUUUCCUCAGGCAAGAGGGAGGGAAACACAAGGGGCAAGACGUAACAAACAACACUCUCAUUCUUGUUGUGUGAGAUCACAGAGCAGCAGAAUUUGUCGAGAUCGGCUUGAUAAUUGAGGGCAGGAUUGGACAAGAAAGAAGAGAUUGACUGAGGAGGAGCGGAGGACAGAAAUACAUGUAGACCGUGGAAGACUGUGGUGUGCAGGAGACAUUCUUUGGAUAUACAUUUUACAAGCCUCAGAGAUCUGUAAAAAGAGGGAUAAUGAACUUUCUGAAUGUGCUCGCCAAGGCUUUGUAUGACAACGCUGCCGAGUCUCCAGAUGAGCUAUCCUUCCGUAAGGGAGAUAUUCUAACAGUGUUGGAACGAGACACACAAGGACUAGAUGGCUGGUGGCUCUGUUCACUUCACGGCCGCCAAGGCAUUGUCCCCGGCAACCGUCUUAAGGUCCUUGUUGGCAUGUAUGAUAAACAGCAAGAUCAUGGAACUCCUUCCAUUCCAGAGACAGCUUCAUCCUGUCCCACUUCCCAGAUGACACGACCUCUUCUUCCACAUAGUGCUUGCACUCAACCUCCACCAGCCCAUUACACACCAAUGCCAUCGCUUUACUCCACGCCAAAUCCGGGGCAGCCCAAAUCCGAGUCCGUCUACAUGAUUCCACCUCUGCAUGGGCCAAAGCCAAACCCGCAAAGUCUGUACCACAUUCCUUCUGGCCAAAGUUUACCUCCUCUUGGGGUCAAGCCAGAAGUAAACAUUAAGCCCCCAGCACUAGCACAAAAACAGUCUGCAAUAUCUGGGGAGGAUGUGUACCAAGUGCCACCUUUAAGUGUGGGGCAAAACCAGGCAUCUUAUUCUGUUGGGCCAGGCACUGGAAAGGAUGUGUACCAAGUGCCCCCUUCUCUAGAGAAGAAGACCUGGGAGGAUAGCACUACACUUAGUAAGGGAGCAACUGCUACUCAAGAAGACCCAGUCUAUGUCUAUGAUACAAUGAAGAAAGACCAUGAUAAGUAUGAUCUUCCACCCAGGCAUCCAUUUUCAACUCAGCAGGAUGUAUAUGAUGUGCCUCCUAUUCGUGACAAAUACAACACCCAGGUCUAUGAUUUCCCACCCACAGUUAGUAAAGACAUUUCUGCCACUCAUCUAAUAAAAGAUGAGACCUAUGACGUGCCAUCCCAUCUGACCAAAAAGAAACUCCCAUCCUCCACUCUUCCUGGCCAGUACAUGAUUAGUAGUCUAAAUGAAGACCAAAAAGCAAAGCAAAUUUCUGAAGAUGUAUAUGAUGUCCCACCACCUACAUUAUCCAAAAAACAUGGCGAACGAGAUAAAGUUCCCAAUCUGACUGAGAUAUACAGUUUUCCAGCUAGCAUGCGCCAUGUAGGUCAACCUACUAUUGAUGUGUAUGACAUCCCAAGAGAGCAAGAAGAGCGGGAAUGCGCAAAUAUCUACGACAUACCACCACAGGUCGUCCGCGAUGCCCAAUUCCCAAGUGAAGAGCUGACCAGACCGUUCAAAAGACACUCCGCCUCAAGCACAGGGAGCACACAAAGCAACAACUCUGCUUCAUCCGUGGAUUUGCUUCCCGUCACUGACAAUGAGAUGUACUCCUCAUCUCCUGCUCCUGGUUUAUUCCCUGGAAAACCCCUCCUGUUAGACCUGGAUCCAGCCAUGGAGCGCCUUUCCCGCCUUCACCAAGCUGUUGAGUUAAGCGUCUCUAUAAUGAUGUCGUUCAUCACGAGCAACUGGCGAAGCCCGGAUAACCUGGAGGGGAACCUCCCAGCUAUCCGUCAGGCUGCCGAUCGGGUUUGCGUCACUCUCCGAGACUUUCUGGAAUUUUCCCGGGGUGCUGUAACAAAUGCCAGCCAGGCUACCGACCGCUCUCUCCAGACCAAAUUGGGCCGACAGGUGGGCAAAUUGGAGGAGGUCUUUCAGAGUUUAAUCACACAGACUCAGAAUUUAGAUGCCGUUUCUUGGUUACAUACAGAACUCGCCAAACCACAACAAGGUGAUGUCUUAGACCAACUAAUAAUGACAGUGCGAGGAAUCCCAGAUGACGCCAAACAGCUCACUUCCUUUCUGCACGGCAAUGGCUCGUUACUCUUCAAACGGAGUCACCAGCAGUUACCGCUUCCUCCGUUGCCAGGAGUGAUUAGCUCAGAGAGUGCGAGCUAUCCACCGGGAGAAAAGCUAAACAUUCAGUCACGGCCGUUACCCUCGCCUCCAAAAUUUGCCGCUGCAGACCAAGAAGGAGGUGAAGACAGGCUUUAUGACACCACCGAGGAGGGAUGGAUGGAGGACUACGACUAUGUGCAUCUGCAGGGUAAGGAAGAGUUUGAGAAGAGUCAAAGACAACUGAUGGAAAAGGGAAGAAUCAUCAAAAGCAAGACGCAAUUGGAGCAGCAGCAGAUGAAACAGUUUGAACGACUGGAGAAGGAAGUGAGCCGACCCAUCAACAACGACUUAACCGGUUGGGUCCCUUCUUUGAUUCAUGCUCAAAACGGCUCCUCAAAGCUCUCCCAAUCUGACCGCCAACUCCUCCUUUUCUACCAAGAGCAAUCCGAGCAGAAUUUUACAACUGUCAACAAUGCAAUCGAUGCCUUUUUUACCGCCGUCAACUCCAAUCAGCUGCCUAAGAUCUUCGUGGCUCACAGCAAGCUGGUCAUCCUGAGCGCACACAAGCUGGUUUUCAUCGGAGACACGUUAUCCCGUCAGGCCAAGUCGCCCGAAGUCCGAGCCGAGGUCGGUCGGAGCAGCAACGUCCUGUGUAAUAAACUCAAAGACAUUGUCAUCAGUACAAAAACGGCGGCGCUGCAAUAUCCGUCACCUGGAGCGACCAGGGAAAUGAGUGAAAAGGUGAGAGAACUGGCAGGAUGUACACAUCAAUUCAGAAUGGUGCUGGGACAGCUGCUGUCGCCAUAGGACGAAUGACUGGGAAGGACUACUUAUACAAAAAACAAAAAAAAAUUCUCCCUGACGAGCAGUAACCAAGUGGCAUCUUUAAAGGAGAGGAACCUUGAAAAACACCCUGUAUUGUUUUCAUAUGCUCUUAUAUAGCACAAGAGAUGCUAUCGAACAGGAAUGAAAGGGAACAAAGUGUGACUGAGCCAGCGUGUGUAUGGAGGACCAAACUGCAAAAAUAUAGAAAUGAAGAAGUACAAGUGAAAAUAGAAACUAUUAUAAAUCCAAAAAUAUGAUUCGAGUGAAUAAUUUUUUUAAAGUCGUUUUUUUUUUUUAAACGAAGUAUUAGACAUUUCAAGCUAAAAAUGACAGACAUUUUGAAAAAUAAAUAUAAUUACUUACCUUUUUAUGGCUAGGUUGAAACAAAAGCGGUUGCGUGACGUCUGUAAACGGGGGUUUCCAAGGUAAAACGGACAAAUUAAAAAUAGUUCGGGGGCUUAAUGCGCCAUGAAUCUGCUAUGGCAGCACAUAGACAUUGUUCUAUCAAACGCAACAGUUGUUUUGGCUUAAAAUACGACAGUUUAUUUUAAAGAGGGGUGCAAGAGCAGAAACUGCUUUUUCAGCCUUGUUUGUGUUUUCCUCCAUAC